CGCAGUCACGGAAUCGAAAGGAGAGGCGCGUUCCCGAGAAAGCUCGGCGUCGUUUUAGAUGUCAUCUUGCACUUUGAUUAACAAAUCUAUUUUCUCUGCUGUUGGGUUUGUGUGUUUUUUGAACACUCAUCGUUGUUGCUGAAUGGAUUUUGAUGACAGUUUUUAAAAGACACCGUUACUUUUUUACAUUUUCGAGUGGGUUCCGGUGAAGGAUUGGUUUUUCAGUCAGGAAAUUCAGUGUUGAAGUAUCAUAUAACUUUGUGCUGUUGACAAUGAAGACACGAUCACAUGGAUUGAAGCAACCCAUGGUCUCCGUUUACCAACACAAGACAUGUUUUGACUUAUUUUGCUGGACCUAAUCGGGUGUGUCUCGGUUUUGUUGAGUUUACCUUUCCGAAACACGCAGAGACUUCGGAAAGAAGAGACGGAGCAGAAACUUUCGCUGGCUAGCCAUCAGUCAGGUUUAAUAACUGCAUUUCUCUUCUUGCAAAGGGUGAUUAUAUGUCAGAGAUUGAUAUCGAUUAAUGCAAUUAAUUUUGCGGGGUGAACGUCGUGUAUAUGCACAGACCACUUUGUUUGAAUGCAUUCUUUGACCUGCAGAAUGCACGAGCUAACCGUUCAAUUGACUAUUUUUUUGCUUGCGUAUCUGGAGAUAUAAGUGUUUUGUUUAAUGUCUUUGGGCUUUGGAACAAUCGCGCAAUCCACAGCAACUUUUGGCUUUACGGCUUAAAUAACGUUGAGUUGAAACCUAUCGAGCAUUUGCGCCAAGAACUUGGGCAGACCGAUGAGGGGAAAUCUGCAAAGUUAGCAGGAAAAGAAGCCAUCAAAAUCACGGAAAUCGCUUCGUUCCCUUUCCUCCAGCGAACUGUUACAAAUGGACUUCAUGAAAGGCAACAUGAUGACUGCUGCAAUUUUGUACUAGUUAUUUUUUUCAUAGAUCGCGUCGAUGCAAACACAUUUAUUCACCAUUAGAGGAUUUGUUUACUUUUUGCAUUCCAGACAAAUAGUGAUGAUAGGCCUACAAUGAAAUACCAUCGCACGUCUCUCUUUAUGGAAACAGCGUCUGGGAUUAACAUUGUACUUUGAGCUGGGUAUACAAUGUAUCGAACGUUUUGAUCAUUUUUUAAUGAAGAAAAGCUCUUCUCAUGUGACUUUUAAGUACGGAGGCUAUAGGCUAAAUACAAGCAACAACUCACAUAGUCCAUGUAAGUCAUCUGUAUCGAAAACAAGACAAAAGUGAUUUUGGAUGUGCGCAAACCUCGGAUGACACAUGACGGCCCGAGGGGCACCAGAGCCCAUCGCCAUGGCACGAAAGGCAAUAGCCGUACCCCUUCAUUUUUCUUGAGGAGGAUUAUAACGCAGGCUAUGGCGUAGGACACCAAAAAGGAAUUCUGAAUUAUAGGCCUACCUGUCAGAAGAGUCAUUUAUAUCGGAGGCCACUGGAACAAUCGAGGAGAGUGCACGCGACCACAUCCUUCCUCAGAAAGGAUUCAUCGAAGGCCCUUCAUGGGUGGCCGGAGCUGGGGAGGUGUGUGAGGAUCCCCCAUCCUAUUCUGGAUCAAGAGGACACACACAUCCACCGCCAACAUGAAUGAGAGGCAGGCGCUGCACUCCAUAAUGAAGGACCUGGUGGCCCUGCAGAUGACCCGGAGGCAGCCCAGCUUUGAGGCCCCCAAGCCCAAGCCCACGGGGCCCCCCAACAGACAGGACGACAUCAGGAUAAAGUUUGAGUAUAAUGGAGAGAGAAGGAUUCUGAUGUUCGGGCGGCCUGUGCAGUUUGAGGAAGUCCAGCAGAAAGUGAAGAGUGUGUUUGGUCAGUCGCUGGAGCUGCACUACAUGAACAAUGAGUUGUCGAUCCCCCUUCGCGUCCAGGACGACCUGGACAAGGCCAUCGACCUGCUGGACCGCAGCUCCAACAUGAAGAGCAUCAAGAUCAUGCUGUUCGCCCAGGAGCAGAGCAACGCCCCGUCGCCUCCUCAUCACACGGUGUGUAAGCAGGUGCGCAUCAAGGCCUCCCAGUCCACAGGGGACGUGAGCGGCACCAGCAGCCCCAGCACGGCCUACCCACCCGCCGAGGCCAGGGGGCGCCACCCCUCCACCAGUUCCCAGAAUACUGGUCGCAGCUCGCCACCCCCCGGCUACGUCCCGGAGCGGCAGCAGCGUAUCGCCAGGCAGGGCUCCUACACCAGCAUCAACAGCGAGGGAGAGUUCAUCCCUGAGACCGGAGACGCAGGGGUGCUGGGCCCCUGGAGCAGCGCUGAGAACUCGGUCUCUGGCAGCUGUCAGUCAUUGGACAGCAACUCCGAUAGUCCUUCCCUGAGGAAGUCGCGGAUGCACCGAGCGAAGAGUUACCCCGACAACCGCCAGGACUUUUCAGACCGUGAGAAUCAUGUUUAUGACAAGGUCGGCAAGGGAGGAACGUACCCACGGAGAUACCACGUCUCACUGCACCACAAGGACCUCAGCGAAGGGAGGCGUACGUUUCCUCGUAUCCGCAGCCGGCCGCAGGGGAACCUGUUCACACUGGUGCCGUCGCGGCGCUCUCUGAACGGGAGCGAGGACAGCCUGAGCAGCUGGCAGCUGGUGGACUCACAGGGACGCCUGCGGCCCCAGGAGAGGCCUGUCGCACACAAGUCCCCCAGUGCUCCGGUGACGUGGCGGAGGGGUAAGCUGUUGGGUCAGGGUGCGUUUGGCCGCGUCUACCUGUGCUACGACGUGGACACGGGACGAGAGCUGGCCGCCAAGCAGGUGCAGUUCGAUCCCGACAGUCCAGAGACCAGCAAGGAGGUGAGUGCUCUGGAGUGUGAGAUUCAGCUGCUGAAGAAUCUGCACCACGAGCGCAUCGUCCAGUAUUACGGCUGUCUGAGGGACCACAACGAGAAGACCCUCACCAUCUUCAUGGAGUACAUGCCCGGGGGCUCGGUGAAGGACCAGCUGAAGGCCUACGGGGCGCUGACGGAGAACGUGACCCGCAAGUACACGCGGCAGAUCCUGGAGGGCAUGUCCUACCUCCACAGCAACAUGAUCGUCCACAGGGACAUCAAAGGUGCCAACAUCCUGCGCGACUCGGCGGGUAAUGUGAAGCUGGGCGACUUCGGGGCGAGUAAGCGUCUGCAGACCAUCUGCAUGUCGAGUACGGGCAUCCGCUCGGUGACGGGCACGCCGUACUGGAUGAGCCCCGAGGUCAUCAGCGGAGAGGGCUACGGCCGCAAGGCCGACGUCUGGAGCUUGGGCUGCACGGUCGUGGAGAUGUUGACGGAGAAGCCCCCCUGGGCCGAGUUUGAGGCCAUGGCGGCCAUCUUUAAAAUCGCCACGCAGCCCACCAACCCGAUGCUGCCCUCCCACAUAUCGGAGCAGACGCGCGACUUCAUCCGCCGCAUCUUCGUGGAGGCCAAGCAUCGGCCCAGCGCCGAGGAGCUCCUGCGACACCCCUUCUCCCAGAUCCAGUGCUGAGGGACGGCCAACCUCCAGAGAGCCACCGGCUCUUACUUAACCCCACUUUACCCCUGACGUCUCUCACGGUGGUUGUCUACCCGUCGCCCAGGCUUCAUUUUAAGGCCCGCUUCCACACAAUGGACCCACAAAACCUGGUGGAUGAUAUGGUUAUGUUUUACAUUGACUUCUCACAGUCACAAAAGGUGAAAUCGACAGCACUACACGCUCCAACAAGAGAUCACAAGGACAUACAACACACAUCCACAGCCAUAACAGGUCACCUGAUCAACUUGUUGUUGGGUAGUCCUCUUGAAGAGCACUUGGAGGAACUAGCCAGUGGUGUUGCAAGUUUGGGAAGCUUUUUUUUGGAGCUCAUCAGAUAUCAAAGGAGUUGUUCAGUCAAACACACACACACACACACACACACACACACACACACACACACACACACACACACACACACACACACACACACACACACACACACACACACACACACACACACACACACACACACACACGCAUAUUGUGAAGCAUAUGCAGGCAUUGCGUGGCAAUGUACGCAUCGCUGCAAUGAGCUGUCUGUUACAGAAAUGAACGGGUACAAAAUGUCACAACCUCUUGCUCUCCUUUUCUCUCAGCUUGUGCCAAAAUGUUGUCCUAUGCAAAAUAUCAAAAAAGCAGAUUCACAUCCAUAGUCAAAAUGUAUGACGAGAGGAGAUAUGAAUCCUUUUACUGUUCUCUUUCUGUUUCGAUAUUCCGUCCAAACAGGUUUAAAUUAUUGAAAUGUC